ACUGGCAUGAGGCGGAGCCGAGAUAGACAGUGAAUCCGUCCAAUAAGGCGUGAAGCCCGAGGCCGGCACGAGCCAGUGCAGUCGGGAGGCGGGACUCGGGUGUGUGUAGAAAGGACCCCGACGAUCUUCGCCGCUAUCGACGCGUCAGACGCGUAGAGCAGCUGCCGUAGUCCUCAGGUGUUGGUGUUCGCCGCCGCCAUGAGCUACACAGGCUUUGUCCAGGGAUCUGAAACCACUCUGCAGUCGACGUACUCAGACACCAGUGCUCAGCCCACCUGUGAUUAUGGAUAUGGAACUUGGAACUCUGGGACAAACAGAGGCUAUGAGAAUUAUGGCUAUGGCUAUGGCUAUGGUCAGGAGAACACCACCAACUAUGGGUAUGGUAUGGCCACUUCAAACUCUUGGGAAAUGCCUACCUCUGACACAAGUGCGAACCCUAGUGCCUCGGGUAGCGCCAGUGCCGAUUCCGUUUUAUCCAGAAUUAACCAGCGCUUAGAUAUGGUGCCUCACAUGGAGACAGACAUGAUACAAGGAGGCGUGUACAGCUCAGGUGCAGAAAGGUAUGACUCCUAUGAGGCCUGUGACUCGAGGGCCGUCCUGAGCGAGCGUGACCUCUACCGGUCAGGCUAUGACUACGCCGAGCUUGACCCCGAGAUGGAAAUGGCCUAUGAAGGCCAAUAUGAUGCCUACCGUGACCAGUUCCGCAUGCGUGGCAGCGACACCUUUGGUCCCAGGGCUCAGGGCUGGGCCCGGGAUGCCCGGAGCAGCCGGCCGAUGGCCUCCGGCUAUGGGCGCAUGUGGGAAGACCCCAUGGGGGUCCGGGGCCAGUGCAUGCCUGGUGCCUCCCGGCUGCCCUCCCUCUUCUCCCAGAACAUCAUCCCAGAGUACGGCAUGUUCCAGGGCAUGCGUGGUGGGAGUGCCUUCCCAGGCAGCUCCCGCUUUGGCUUUGGGUUUGGCAAUGGCAUGAAGCAGAUGAGGCGGACCUGGAAGACCUGGACCACGGCCGACUUCCGAACCAAGAAGAAGAAGAGAAAGCUGGGUGGCAGUCCUGAUGAGCCUGACAGCAAAGCCAGCCGGACAGACUGCUCAGACAAUAGCGAUUCAGACAACGAUGAGGGCACUGAGGGAGAAGCCGCAGAGGGCACUGAAGGCUCUGAGGCUGUGGAGAAAGGCUCCCGAGCAGAAGGAGAGGACGAGGAGGGAAAAGAGGAUGGGAGAGAAGAAGGCAGAGAGGAUUCGGAGAAGGGGGCCCAAGAUGAGAAUGGCCAGACCAAGCGCAAGUUGCAGGCAAGCAAGAAGAGCCAGGACAAACAGAAAAAGCGGCAGCGAGACCGCAUGGUGGAAAGGAUCCAAUUUGUGUGUUCUCUCUGUAAAUACCGGACCUUCUACGAGGAUGAGAUGGCCAGCCACCUUGACAGCAAGUUCCACAAGGAGCACUUUAAGUAUGUAGGCACCAAGCUCCCUAAGCAGACGGCUGACUUUCUGCAGGAGUAUGUCACCAACAAGACCAAGAAGACAGAGGAGCUCCGAAAAACUGUGGAGGACCUUGAUGGUCUGAUCCAGCAGAUCUACAGAGACCAGGAUCUGACCCAAGAAAUUGCCAUGGAGCAUUUUGUGAAGAAGGUGGAAGCAGCCCACUGUGCAGCCUGUGACCUCUUCAUUCCCAUGCAGUUUGGGAUCAUCCAGAAGCAUCUCAAGACCAUGGAUCACAACCGGAACCGCAGGCUCAUGAUGGAGCAGUCCAAGAAGUCCUCGCUCAUGGUGGCCCGCAGUAUCCUCAACAAUAAGCUCAUCAGCAAGAAGCUGGAGCGCUACCUGAAGGGCGAGAACCCUUUUACCGACAGCCCGGAGGAGGAGAAGGAGCAGGAGGAGAGCGAGGGCGGCGCCCUGGAUGAGGGCGCGCUGGGCGAAGCGGCAGGAAUCGCGGAGGGUGUGGAGGGCACACCGGCGCAGCCCCCUGUGCCCCCGGAGCCGGCCCCCAGCGUCGCGUCGCCGCCCCCGCCACCCCCCCCGGAGGAGGAGGAGGGCGCCAUGCCCCUGCUAGGUGGGGCGCUCCAGCGCCAGAUCCGCGGCAUCCCGGGCCUCGACGUGGAGGAUGACGAGGAGGGCGGUGGGGGCGCCCCGUGACCCGGGCCGGUGCGGCCCAUGGGGCCGAGGCUGGAAGCCGAGCCUAAUAAAGCUUUUCCGUCCCCAUC